UAAGGAUUUCGUAAAACAAACGUAAAAGUUGUCUCUUAUUGCGUUAGAGUAUGUGUGUGUUGAUCAAACAAAAAUGUUUUUCAGAUUUCAGAUUUUUCGGUAUAAAUGCAAAAACACUAUCCCAAGAAAUUGUGUUCUCUCCAAAAACCUUCGAGAUGCUUAACGUGCUUGUUGCGGUCACUUUCGUUUCUUUGGCCAUCGGCCUAGGCCAGACAACCGACAUGUGCGCCACGUUGGCUCCAUUUUACAAGACCUUCGGUUGCGUCAAGCCGUGCCUGAACGCCCAAAGGUACAGUUGCUAUGUUUCGCCGAUUAAGAAAUAUUACAAGAUGGACAAAUGCUACUUCCAAGGGGAUGGAAAGUAUUACAGCAAUGGUGCCACACUUCCAGUCAAAUAUCACAAUGGGGACUCCCAAUUGUGUUCGUUCCGGUGCUACGUUGGUGACCAAAGCUCCUUUGGGCCAGUCUUCUUACGCGUGAAAGAUACCUGUGUUGCCACUGACAAACAGGCUCCGCUACCCUGUUAUUCUUCAACUCUGAACGAAAUGGAUUACUUCUACUCCGAUUUUCUUCCCGUGUUCGCGAAGGGCCAACCGUGUCCGACAAAGUGGAUCUACUCGAACUUUCCCAGUGUGACCUCGGACGAUUGUUCGGCGGAUCCGUACGGGUGCUGUACAUUUAACAAGGGCGCCACCACGUUGAAAGUUGGACGCAAUUUUACGGUCGCCCCGAAUACACUCUGCAAAUGUAACUGUCCUCCGUUUGUGGAGUGUAUGGAACAGUUGAAAUUGAUUGCUGAGUGAAGCAAAGCGGAACAAGAUCACAAGCAUGUCA